AUGGCGACGAACAAGAAGCUCGGUCGUAUGCUGACGCACCCUGCUGCGCUGCUCGGCGUCGACCUGAUCAUCCUCGACAAGGGCGGGUACACGCCUGCGAAGCAGACGCUGCUCGCGCCGCAGGGCAGCGAGCACAUUGACGGCGCGUUCACGUCCGAGGAGCACAUCCGCAAGCUCGCCAAGGAGUGCGACGUGCUCACGGUCGAGAUUGAGCAUGUCAACGCCGACGUGCUUGCCGCCGUCGAGGCCGAGGGGCUGUGCGAGGUUCAGCCUGCGCCGGCCACGAUCCGCCUCAUCCAGGACAAGUACCUGCAGCACAAGCACUUGCGCGACAACGGCAUCCCGACCGCUCCCUUCGCGCCCCUCGACAGCAGGGAGCAGAAGGACGUCGAGGCGCUCGCCAAGGAGCUCGGCCUCCCGCUCAUGCUCAAGGCGCGCACGCUCGCUUACGACGGCCGCGGAAACGCCCCCCUCAAGACGACCGACGCCAAAGAGGUCGCUGCCGCGCUCGAGUUCCUGGGUGACCGCCCGCUGUACGCCGAGGGCUGGGCGCCGUUCGUCAAGGAGGUCGCCGUCAUGGUCGUCCGCAACAAGCACGGCGAGGUCAAGUCCUACGACGCCGUCGAGACUGUUCACCGCGACAGCAUCCUGCGCGUGUGCACUGCUCCCCUCCGCGCCGACGGCCCCGAGUUCGACGGCAUCAACGCCAAGGCUCGUGCGCUCGCCGAACGCGCCGUCGCCACCCUCGACGGAGCGGGCAUCUUUGGUGUCGAAAUGUUCCUCCUUGCCGAUGGCUCGCUCCUUCUCAACGAGAUUGCCCCCCGUCCGCACAACUCGGGCCACCACACGAUCGAGGCAUGCACUGUGUCGCAGUUCGAGAACCACCUGCGUGCGAUCCUCGACCUGCCGCUGGGCGACACGUCGCUCCGCGUCCCCUCUGCGGCGAUGAUCAACAUUCUCGGCGUCAGCGACGACAUGGCCCCCGUGCGCAAGAUGGUGCAGGACGCGCUCGCCGUGGACGGCGCCAGCGCGCACCUGUACGGCAAGGCUGACUCGCGCAAGGCGCGCAAGAUGGGCCACAUCACCGUGACGGCUCCGUCUGACGCUGAGCUGCGCGCGCGCAUGCGCACCCUGCUCUCGCAGCAGCCCGACCUCGACGAGGCGUUUGUCGACUCGAUCGCCCCCGCGCCCAAGCAGGGCCUCAGCAACGCCCACCCCCUCGUCGGCAUCAUCAUGGGCUCCGACUCCGACCUCCCCGUCAUGCUGCCCGCGACCAAGAUCCUCGACCAGUUCAACAUCCCCUACGAGCUCACCAUCACCAGUGCCCACCGCACCCCAGACCGCAUGGUCAAGUACGCCCGCAGCGCGGCUUCGCGCGGCCUCCGCGCCGUCAUUGCCGGCGCCGGCGGAGCGGCCCAUCUCCCCGGCAUGGUUGCGUCCGAGACCUCGGUCCCCGUCAUCGGCGUGCCGGUCAAGGCGUCCGUGCUCGACGGCGUCGACUCGCUCUACUCCAUCGUCCAGAUGCCCCGUGGCAUUCCCUGCGCCACCGUCGGUAUCAACAACAGCACGAACGCCGCCCUCCUCGCCGUCCGUAUCCUCGGCACGAGCGUGCCCGAGUACCAGCGCGCGAUGGAGAAGUACCAGCACGACCUUGAGGAGGAGGUCCUCGCCAAGGCGGACACGCUGGGCCAGAUCGGCUGGGACCGCUACGUCGCCGAGAAGCUGAAGAAGUAA